AUGUCCGUCGAUCCUGACACGGUGUACAUCGUCCAUUCUAAGCCGAAGCACGACUCUCACGCCGAUGCCAUCCGUCAAUUCGAGGGAGACUUCGAGUGCCUCUCCAACACCUACAAGUGCCCCGUUUCGUUGCGCGGAGACCCAGAGCCUUACCCAAGCGUCGAGCAUGCCUUGCAGGCAUCCAAGACGGACGACUUCGAGCUGAAGGCCGCCAUCAGACAGGCCAAAAAUGCCAUAGAGGCAAAAAAAAUCGCACGGGUCGCCAAGCCAAAGCCGGAUUGGCGAGGGAGUUCCGAGAAGAUCGCGGAGGCCCUGGUGCGAGACAAGUUUCGGCGAAACGCCAAGGCGAGGGAAGUUCUCGUCGGGACUGGCCGCGUCAAGCUUGUCUACACCAACACUCACGACGAUCGGUUUUGGGGAGUGUGUACCGGCAAGGGUGAGAACAAGCUCGGCAAGCUCCUGGAACGGGUCCGGGCGGACGCUCUCGCAGGCAAGGACACGGAGGCGUGGUGCGCCACGCGCUUCCAGCUGGCCCUCCCGCUUGACGUGAUGGUGGGGUUCGCGGUGUCCAAGGCCGGGAAGAUCGUUGCCGACCCGUCGUUCGAGGGAAAGCCGGUCAUCAGGAUGGGCAAGCUGGCGGACAACGAGGUGGUGAUGGCACACCCUUCCGUGAGCCGGUCCCACGCCCUCCUCGUGGUGGACAGGUGUUUCGGAGCGUUUCUCGUCGACCUGGGCGCAUCCAACGGAUCCUUCGUUGAUGGACGGCGGCUAUCACCGUAUGUUCCGGAGCCCAUCAAGGCCGGCGGUGCUGGCCUUACCUUCGCCAAGUCAAAGCGCACGUACACCCUCACGCAAGUCGAGACGGACCUGAGGGAAGCCAAGAAAGGACGGCUGUACGCCAGCAUGUCUGAUCCCAUGGCGUCCGCCGCACAGCCCGAUCCGGACUCGACGGUUUACGUGGGCAACUUGGAUCCCUCGGUGACAGAAGACGACAUUCGCGAGUUCUUCGCGGAGUGUGGAGCGAUCGCGUCGGUCCGCAUUCCUCAGGACAAGGAGACGGGCAAGAUGCGAGGCAUCGCUUUCGUCGCCUUCGCCAAGCAUUCGGGGGUGCUGCAGGCGCUCACGCUGCACAUGGACGAUCUCAAGGGCCAGAGCGUCAAGAUCAGGCGCGCCGACACUGCCAAGCCCCGCGACAACGGCGGCGCGCAGCACAAGAAGCAGGUGCCGAACGCUACCUCUUCCGCCCGACCUUCACCUCGCGCCGUGCAAGGCGCUGGAGGCAUGGGCAGCGGCGGCGGCGGAGGUGCUUCCGACCUCGCUAUGAAGAGCGCGAUAGAGUUGGCGACGGCGGCGGUCAUUAAGGCGGCGGAGGCAUCGAAAGCCAAUGCCGCGGCCGCCGCCGCCGCUGCGGGUGGGGAUGGCGGACAGGGCGCCCCGAAGCGGCAGAGAACACGCGAUCGGUUUGGCGAGGAAUCCGCAACCGGGAGGAACAAACGAGGCAAUAGAUGGGGCGACACUCAGGAAGAGGGCGGCAGAGGGAACGGGCACAGCAUGCCGGGGAGUACGGCGAUGUCGACCGCAUCUGGAACGGCCGGUGCUGACGAAGCAGGUGCAAGGAAAAGCCGUGGUGAGGGAGAACGGCGGCGAGAUCGGCGGGGUGGAGAUGAAUCCGUCCGGGAUACAGGCAGUAGGUCCCGCGACGACGGCGGGGGCAGCCGGAGGGACGGUGAUCGGUACGACGGUAGACACCGAGGAGGCAGUCGAAGGCGCGAUGACGGACGCGACGGCGUUAGAAGCGCGACCGGGAGGGGCGAGGACAAGGGGCGGAGGGAGGUCACCGAUGACCGAUCUGGCGGCGGCGGGGGGGGGGGUGAGAGGAGGACGCACUCGGAUCGAAGCCGGGGCAACGGUCGUUCUGGUCGGGAGAGUCGACGCAGUGAGAGCUUCGACAGAUCCGGUGCCAGAGGCGAGCGAGGCAGACGGGACGACGAACACGAGCACCGCCGGGAGCCUCGCGAGAACGGGGAUGGCAGUGGCGGCGGCGGCGGCGGUAGAUCCGGCAGAGGCCGGCGGGAUGACUGGGACCGGGCAGGGGACAGAAGGGGGGACGGCGGGCGUGGCGGCCGCGUAGAGGACGAUGGCAGACGCCAUCGAGAUGUCAGCAGGGAGGACGGCGGGAGGCACAGGGACAACGGCGGCGGCAGCAGCAGCAGGAAGAGGGGCGAAGAGGGAAGCAGCAAAGACAGGAGGAAGGAUAGGCAUCACGGCGAUGACCGCGGCGAGGCGAGGGCGAGGUCCCGCUCUCGCUCGCGUGGUCGGCGAUAA